AUGGCUGCGACGAGGCUGGCGGCUUCUGCACCAACUCCCGCAGCUCCGCGGCCAGAAACAGUCUCGCGUCCCAUCAAACCACUGCCCGCACACCUGGUAGAAAAUGCUGCCACGACGGUCAAGGCUCCCUUCGACCCGGCAAUCCAUGUGGACUUUAUGCCUCCCAAGGCAGUGGUCAUGAUGAAGGACAUUGGACUGGAAGGUCACGGCAUCUCUCCUGUCGCGGCGUCCGAGCCCUUUCGGCUGUUCACCGACGACGCGGUCAGGCAGUUCCGGGCCGAGAUCUUCAGCAAGCCCGUGCUGGACAAUUGUCAAGUGUCGUCCAAUCUGGCCCCGAAUAUGAUCCGCGCCUAUGCUGCUGACUACGGUCCAUUUGCCUACAGUGUGUGGCAUCACCCAAAAGUGCUGGACAUCAUCUCGAACGUGGCGGGCGUGGACCUUACCGUCGCGAUGGAUAUUGAUGUAGCACACAUCAAUGUCUCAGUCAAUGAUGAGGAGGUCUGUAUCGCCGAGAAAAAUACCGCAACCGGGACCGGGACCAAGACUGCAGCAGCAACCGCAACCGCAACCCAGACCCCAGCAUUUGCGUGGCAUUACGACAGCUACCCUUUCGUCGUGGUCACCAUGCUGUCGGAUUGCACGGACAUGAAAGGAGGAGAGACUGUCCUUCGCACGGCGUCAGGAGAGACGAUGAAAGUGCGCGGUCCAUCAAUGGGCACUGCGGUCGUCUUGCAAGGGCGCUAUAUUGAACACCAGGCGCUCAAGGCCUGGGGAGGUCGGGAACGCGUGAGCAUGGUGACCUCGUUCCGGCCCAAGUCGCCCUUCCUCAAGGACGAGACCGUGCUUGCCGGUCUCCGCGGCAUCACCGACCUCAGUCUCCUGUAUCAUCAGUAUGCUGAGUAUCGCUUCCAAGUGUUGGAGACACGGUUCGGCCAAAAGCGACGCCAGCUGCUCGAGAGCUUCCGCCAUGCCGAUGCCGAUGCCCGCAAAUUUGACCUCCAAGGUAUCCGGUCGUUUCUGGACGAGCAGAGGCAGUACAUGGAGGAUAUGUUGAAGGAGCUGGUGCCGUACCCUUAUUAA